AUGAACUUUGCUGAAAAUUUUGCUUCAGAGUAUAUUCACAGUAUUCUUGAUUUCAUUUUAGCAGGAAAUCCAAUUUUCAUGGAACCUAAACGAGUUAAUCGAAUUGAUUUAAAGAUAUCAUCUGAAAAUGCAGUGAAAUUUGAUUCAUUUUCCUUUAUCUCUCUAAGGAAGCAAAUUUAUGAUAGCGAAAAGGAAAAAAUUAUUAGCGAUUGGUCUAAGGGAAAUAUGCUGUUCGAAAGCAUUCUACAGUCAUCUUUUGAAACAUUUUGGUCAACCAUAUUGCAUUCGAAUUUUUUCGAUAUAAUUGAUUCCUAUCUUGAAAGCUAUCCGAGGCCUUGGGAAUAUGAAAAAUUAAACAACCAUUUGAAUAGCGAUUUAAAAUUAUGCUCAGUUGUUGAAGAAAUUUAUCGCAAAGGAUUAUUACUAGUUGUUCGAUUAUUAAUUUAUCAAGAAAACGAGGAAUUAUUUCUUGAUAGAGAUUUUCAUUCAGAAUUGCUAUUUAACAGCCAAUUAUUAUCUCUUGAUAGGCUUUUAAAGGUUGUAGCCAUUUAUUCUUCGUCCAAUCGCGAUAUGAUUAAUUGGAUUAUUAAAAAAUGUUUGGAAAGUUGUCCACAGUUAGGAGAUGAACUAUUAAAUCAAGCAUACGUCAGUGAACUGGAAAUGGAAAAUGUGGUAAGUGGAUGUGAACAAAUCAUGAAUAUAAGUCAACCAGUUGAUUCGACCCAAAAUUUGGAUAGCCAAAUAAUUUUUUUUUUGGAGACUGGAAUUGAAAUUCUUGGAAAUUUAUCCGCGCUAAUAUCAUUUCUUCCUCAUAUAUCAUUCGAAUGUAUUUCAAAUUGUUUUUUGAGUUUACCCAGCAUUAUCGAACGCUUGGAUGCAUGUUUCUCAUUGUCAAAAUGUACUUCUGUUAUCAAGAAUAUGCCGAUGAUUCGGAAAAUAAUUUCGUUAAUGGACAUUAUCAGAUAUCAUGCAAUAGAACUCUUUCAUUCUUUCCUCUCCAUUCAUCCAAAAGUGGACAAUCUUGCCUGUGUUAUUCGUAAAACUUUUGCCUCUGAACGUUUUAUUUUUUAUUUCAAUCAACUUUAUCCUUUAAAUGUGAUUUUGGAUGGACUCUACGAAAGUGGUAUUUAUAAAGAUUGUGACAUUCGUGCUAUGAAUAUUUUAUUGAAUGAUAUAAGUCUGCGUCAAAUUAAUAAUAUUUCUGAAGAAUAUAGGAAUAAUGGAAUGUUCAUUAAUUUGGGACGAACGAAUGACGAGAAAAUUCAGUCGAUUAUGAAUAAUUUAGUGGAUAUGUUACCUCAUUAUUCCAUUCAUUUUAUUCACUUAUGUUUACGGCAUUUUGGCUACAAUGAAGAAGAAACAACAAACGCACUUUUAUGCACAGAUUUAUUGCCACUUGAUUUAAGAGCAUUGUUAAAUGUUGAGUUUAAUCAAGAAAAACUAACGACUAUAUCGGCAAAGAAUAUUGUUUACUUUUCGGAUUCCAAUGAUUGUAAUUCAAAUGAAAAUCUUAUAUUGUCGCCUUCGCCACAAAAUGCUUCAAAUUCAAAAUCCAAUUGUUUGCAUAAAGUAACUGAUAACGAUAAUGGUAAUGAAUUGUCAGAUUUAGAAACUAUUUGGAAUCGCCUUGAAAGAAUUGCUUUAAUUUGUACAAAUUCAUCGACAAAUGCUUGCCCUGUAAGCCGUGAAAGCGAUUCAACUUGUAAGGAAACGUUUUUGAAAAGAAACCGUUUGGAAGUGUUUCACAUUCCCGAACGAGAAAAAAUUGCUUUACGACCAACUUAUCAAAAAUAUCGUUAUGUUGAGGAGGCGAGCUCGGAAAAUAAUGAUUGUUAUGAUGAUGAAUAUGAUGAUGCAUUUGGCGAUCGACAACUUUAUAAUACUAUUGAUUUUGGCGAUGACGAUGGCCUUCAAAAGGAAGAAAUUUUAGACGGCGUGGAACCGAAUCGUAAUCAUUUAAUAGAAGAAAGUGAUAAUGACAUUUUUUCUGAUGAUGAUCAGCAAGAAAACGUAGGCGAAGGAACAAAAUCGAACAAAAAAAAAAGCAAAUUUAUAAUGCCCAUAGUAGAAAAAAAUGUACCUACAUCUCAUAUUGCAGCGAAUAUUGGUGAUAAUAAUAAGAAUGACAAGGGUGAUUUGAAUAAAAAAGAAAACAAAGCAAGUGGAUCUAAAAGAUUUCCUGCAGAUACCAAAAAUUCUUCGUACACCGGUGGGCGACAACGUCAACUCAAAGAAAGGCACAAAGGUUCCAGCAGACGUUAUCUUGCCGAUAAGAAAAGAGGUUCUGGAAUGUUUUAA